AUGAGCGACGGUAAGCUAUUCUCAAAGUCCAAAAGUGCAGAGUUGCGUGCUGAGUUGGAUCAGGCUUUCAAAAAGUCCAAACCAAUAACUCGGAUCAAGAGCACCCUACGCAAGGUGUUGGCCAAUAUAAUCUUGAACAACCAGGAGAUUGUCAAUUUGAUGCCCGACAUAGUCCCCCUUUUGAAAUACGAGGAUCUAGAAAUACGGAAGCUAUGUUUGGAGUAUAUUGUUACAUAUGCUCCUGUCAGCGAAGAUUCCGUGAAUUCCAUUCCGUACUUGGAUCGCUUCAAACAUGACACAUCCCCUAUUCUACGUGGCUUAGCAUUAAAGACCAUGUCCAGUAUAAACAAAAAAGAGUUUAUAAACUUGACUAUUGAGUCACUAGAUGAUCUGUUGCAAGAUCCUGAUCCUCAUGUCCGUAAGAUUGCCGCGUAUGCUGUGGCCAGAUUGUAUCGCCAUGAUCCAGCAGCAACUGAAAAGGCAAACCUAGUGGAGAAAUUAAACCAUUUGCUUUAUGAUAAUAACCAGACGGUCGUUUCGAAUGCAUUGGCAGCAUUGAAUUCCGUCACUGACGUAAGCAAAUCCUUGAAUUUAACCAUUGACAAAUCUCAUGCACUUACUUUGGUAUCUCUACUUGCAUCAGCAAAUGAAUGGAACCAAAUAUAUUUGAUAAAUUCACUAAUGUCAUAUGUCCCGCAGAGCGAAGAUGAAGCUAUUGAUAUGGUUGAAGCCAUCCUUCCUUCUUUACAGCAUGAGAAUUCAUCAGUGGUUUUGAAUGCAAUCAAAGCUAUCAUCUACUACUGCAAUUACGCCAAGAAUCCCGAAUUACAUUUACCAGUAUUGCCCAAGAGGUUAGGAACUUCUUUAGUAUCAUUAUUAUCCAAGCCAGAUGAAACACAGUUUGUCGUGUUGCGAAACGUUAUCUUGUUACUUUUAGGAAGGAAAGACCUAGUCUAUCUAGACGUGGAAAUGUUUUAUUGUCGAUUUGACGAUCCAAUAUACGUCAAAGAUACCAAAUUAGAAAUCAUAUACUUGUUGGCCAAUGAAUCCAAUGUUGGUCUGGUUCUUCGUGAACUUGAAGAAUACGCCACUGAAAUCGAUGUGCCUAUGGCCAGAAAGGCGAUACGUGCAUUUGGGAAUUUAGCAAUCAAACUAGAAAAUGCGGCCGAUUUAUGUGUCGAGGUCAUUUGUGAUAUUGUGUCCCAUGGAGUAUCAUACAUUGUUCAAGAGGCUGCGAUUGUCAUAAAGAACAUUUUAAGAAAGUAUCCGGGCCGAUUCGAGUUUGCCAUCGAGGAAUUAAUCAAACACCAUCACUUGAUUGAUGAACCUGAUGCAAAAACUUCCUUAAUUUGGAUUGUAGGUCAAUAUUGUGAGAAUAUCGCUGAUCCAGAAUCUAUUUUACAGGAUUUCAUAUCUACAUUCAAAGAUGAUCCUGAAGAAGUUCAAUAUGCAACCUUGACCACGGCAACAAAGUAUUACUUGAAAUUUCCAACCAAGGGAGAAUCAAUUGUUUUACAAGUGUUAAAAUGGGCCACGGAAGAAGUCAACAAUCCAGACAUUAGAGAUAGAGGAUACAUAUACUGGCGACUCUUGUCUUCCGAAUAUGCCAGUGGACCUAAUGGAGAAUUCCAAGAAAACACCAAGAAAGUGAUAUUAAACAGCAAUCCUAUAAUUUCUUCCGAUAACGACAACAUCAACCCUGAGAUUCUUGAUGAAUUAGAAUUGAAUAUUGGUUCAUUGGCAUCUAUCUAUUUAAAACCAGUGCAAAGUGUUUUCCGAAUGUCGAAAAGAAAACAACUACCACCGGGCCCUACACUUCAGCCAAGAGUUCGAAACAAACCAAAAGAAAACGGGGAACACACGGGAAGCACUACUCUGAGGGCAAGCUCACCCGCCGUGGAUUUGAUGAGACGAAAAUCAUAUAGACGAUCAAACAGUGACAAUGUUUCGCAAUCAAUGAGAAGUUUAUCGAUAGAGGCCAACGAAUCGCCGGUUAGAAAGGACAAUUUGGCAAAGAGAUUAUCUAAGCGUGCAUCAUUUAUACGAACUAGAAUGUCUAGCAAGUCCUAA